GAUUAACACCCUCUGAAGCUGGCCACAAGUACUUGUAAUUAAGAGCUGAUUAGACUUCAAAUAGGAUAGCUACAAAGCUCCACUUGUUAGUUGUGGAUACAGAUUACAAGGAUGCUGUGGCUUAGGCUAUGGGUUUUGCUUUGUCUUUUUCUUUCAGUGACAAUGGAUUCUGAAAUGGAACACAGAGAACUCAUGCUUUUAAGAAACUUGGGUUUGCCAUUUAGGCCAAAACCUGUCUCCCCCCCUCCCGUACCUUCUAUAUUAUGGAAGCUCUUCAAUCAGAGGAUGGGCCCCUCCGCCGCAAAAAAGAAUGCUAAUUUGUGUUUUGUGGAGGACUUUAAUGUCCCUGGUAGCAUCAUCAGGGCAUUUCCUGACCAAGGGCGGUUUGUUGACCCUCAUUCUACUAACCCAACUACUACAUUAUGCCUGGAAAAGAGACUAUUUUUCAAUAUAUCAAUAAUGGAGAAAGAGGAGAGGGUAACCAUGGGACGCCUGGAAGUCCGAUUCGGCCAGAAUACCUACUAUGGACGUCUAUUUGACCUGCGACUCUACAGAAUUACACAGCUGUCGCUAAAAGGAAUGGGAAACCAGAAAACGAGCAGAAAACUCUUGACUGCCCAAACAUUCCGUUUGCUUCACAAAUCCCUCUACUUUAAUUUAACAGAGACUUGCCAGAGUUGGGAGGACCCUCGUAAGAACUUGGGUUUGACCUUGGAGAUCUCUCCAAGAAAAGAAGGGAACUUGUUAGCUGGUCAGUUGGAUGAGUGUCGAGGAAUACAAACCUUUCUCUAUACCUCUCUAGUAGCUGUGACUCUCGAUUCUGUACAGUGUAAGAUGUCACGAGCUAAAAGAAGUUAUGGCAGGCUUCCAUUCCUUCCCAGCAAUAUCUGUAAAAGAAGACGCCUCUAUAUUGAAUUUAGGGAUGUUGGGUGGCAGAAAUGGGUCAUUGCCCCUCGGGGAUUCUUUGCCAACUACUGCCAUGGUGAAUGCCCUUACCCGCUAGCAGAUGUGCUGAAUGGAUCCAAUCAUGCCAUCCUUCAGACUCUUGCCCACUCCUUUGAGCCUGAUGUUCCCCUUCCCUGUUGUAUACCCAUAAAGAUGUCUCCUAUAUCAAUGCUAUUUUAUGACAAUAGUGACAAUGUGGUGUUGAAACAUUAUGAAAAUAUGUCUGUGGAUGAGUGUGGCUGUAGGUAAGAACUAGCUGGAUUUUUAGGUCCGAUUUAAUUAUAUUGUUGUUCUGUAUUCUAAAAAUGUCUCAUGUAUUGUACAUUUUAUCCUAAUAUAUUCUUUAGCUUUGUAUAGAUUAA